AUGCUUGCUUGUGUCAGGCAGCUCAAGGAUGAGUUUGAGGCAUCAUUGAUUCCUAUGUUGACUGAAGAAGACGACGAAGCAUCAAACAGCAUUGCUGAGGAAAUGGCCGAGAAGAUUACAAAUGAGUUCCAUGACCAGGCACGAGAGAACUUAAGCCUGGUGAGAUGUGCUGUACACACCCUACAGCUGGCCAUCCUCGAUGUCGUGGAUAAAAGCCACCCUAACGUGAAGCAAGUUACUGAGGUUGCCAAACGCUGUAAAAACGUGAAAUACAAAACGAAUUUCGAUUACCACAACGCCACAUAUCCUCCGGUUUGGUGCCAGACAAGAUGGGAGUUACGUCUGUUUGUCUGUGGUGGGAUAUUCAAGAUGCUCGAUAGUUUUUUAGAGCAGAAAUCCUUCUUUGUCCAACUGGGACAGGAGUUCCCUGAGCUAUAUCUUUCAUCCAACUGGGAAUUCGUCGAGCAAUAUGCUGAAGCAUUCAGGCCAUUAUUCGUUUGCACAAAAAAAUUCCAAGAAGCUCACAUGUCACUUAACGAUUUUUAUCUUGAAUGGUUGAUGACAAUACGCGAGGUGAGACAGCUGGAAAACAAUCCGUUUUCCAAAGUUUUGGUCGAAUCGCUGACAAGGAGACUCACAAACCUCAAAGGCUCUAUGGCGUUUAAAAUGGCAUUAUAUCUGGACCCGCGGCUUUCUUUCAUAAAUUCAAAAAUAUUCACCAUUGCCGAAAAGGAACAUAUACAGGUAACAAUAAAUAAAACGGUACAGUUUAUACCAGGCACAUCAGAGUUCAUAAAUUUUUUUUUUCCUAAAUAUACAGAGAUUUAUUUUUCAAACAUGGGAACGCAUCAAACG